AUGAUAAGCAAAAAUAUUUUUGUUGCACCAGAUCUUAAUUCAGCCCUUCAGAAGAAAGUUCGACUUUGUGAAAAUAGCCAAAGUACUACUCUCUUUAACGAGAACUCCAAUUCAGUUGAAUCCUUCCCUACCUUAUCAAAAAUAGCAUCUAAAUAUCUUAAUAUAUCUUCGCUUAGGGAAAGAUUUCAUUAAAUUAAUGAGACUGGAAACUUAAAAGCCAGCAAAUAUUAAACUUAAAUUUCCAUCUUAUCAGCAAUUGACUCACAAUUAUUAUUUCUAAAAUAAAGAGUACAUUUACAUAUAACCUUAGAGAGAAUCUUUGUUCUUGCUAAUCAUUGUCAAAAAUUGUUAUGAUUCUUAACAAUUAUAAGUCACAACUCGAUAAUUAUUAGAAAUAUUAACUGUUUGGAAUUCAUGUUAUAUUAUUAAUUGGGUUAAUUUGAAAGUAAAGUGGGAAUUACGAUCUCCUACUCAAAUUCCCAGAUAAACAAUUAUUAAACUCUUCAGAAUUGAAUUCUAGAAAAGAGUUAUUUUAAUAUAAAUUGGAAUCCUUUUUAUAAUUAAAUGGAGAUUACUUAGAACCAUUCAAAUUGCCUUAGAAACCUUAAUUUUUUGAUGAAAAGCUUAAAAAAGAAAAUAAUUAAUCAAGUAAAGCUAUACACUUGAUAUUGUAAUUAAUUACUAUGUAAUAUAAUAGUGAUACUAUAAAAGCGAUUGAGUAAAAUUUUCUCAAUCCAUUAACAAUUCCAAAAUAUUAUAAGAUAAGGACGAUAACAAACCAUUAUCUACAGUAUCCUAAAAACUAAUUAACAAGCUUAGAGAAAGGAAAUAGCAGGAAAAAUAAAAGUCAGAAGAAACAUAAGUUAACAAAUAAUUAUCCUCAAAAAAGUUGCAUAUCUUAGUCUCCACUAUGCUACAUUCCUAUUACUAAUAAAGAGAUGUAUCAAAUAUGUUCUUCUAUAAUGUACUUAAAUACAUUCAUGAUCAUAAUACAAAUGUUCUUAUGAGUAGUGUAUAAAUUAAGUCAAUCAUAUGUAUGUAUUCUGUUGUAUAAAGGGAGCCUUAUUUAAAAUAUCGGAAAUUGGCUGUAGUUAAUUGAUAAUCCUGGAGGAUAAAUUCUCAGAUUAAAUAAAGAAGUAGAUUAACAAUUACUAUUAACUAAUUGCAAUGAAUCGAAUGUUUAUGAAGCUCUAAUUAAGUAUUUUUAAAUUUAACAUAAUCAAUCCAUUUUAUAAAUUGAAAAGAUUUUCCCAUAUUUUUGA